AUGAGAAGCUGCAGUAAGAUAUUCCUCGGGUUUGUGAAUGUGAUAGUCUUGGCAUUCGCGAUUUUCCAAGGUGUGUUCGUUUUGAUGUCCAAUCAUGAUUCCUCCAAUAAACACUGCUACAAGAAUUCCGGCCCGGCGAUUUUCUGUAUCUCGGCAUGGUUGGUGAUCAUUUCUCUGUUGGGUUUACUGGGCACUUGUUGUAAAUCCAAAUCGUUGCAGAACUGCUACAUGUGGUCGAUACUGGUCACUACAAUCGUUGGUGUCACCUUCACUGCUUUCAUGUUCUUAACUCUGCCCAAUGAAUCCGCCAGUGGUAUGUAUCAGAGGACCCAGAAUGGGGAUUGGUUGAAAGCUUUCAGUCCGUUGAUGAGAAGAUCUUUGGUUAAUGAUAAAGAUUGGGAUGUGGCUGAAACUUGCUUGGAAGGCAUGCGGUUUUGUCAAUGGUACCAUAAUCAUCCUCCCAGUUUGCGUUUGGAGUAUUUACGCUUCCUACAGAUAGGUUGCUGCAAGCCACCACCUAAGUGUGGUUUUGUUGUGAAGAAUGAUACAUACUGGGAAAUCCCAAAAUCUGGGUCGAAUGCUCCGAAUGGGGAAUGCCAACAAUGGGCAAAAGGUGGCAACAACAGCGUUUGCUACGAUUGUGAUUCUUGCAAAGCGGGUUACCUUGCUAAGUUUCAAUUGGAUUGGCACGCCGAUAAGGGAGUUUUCGUGGUUAUACUCGUGUUCUUCAUCAUUAAUACCUCCCUGUCUUACUGGGCUUUUGGUUUGAAUAGCGAAUCAGAAAUAGAAAAAGAACAAAGAAAGUAUAGGAAUAUGGUCUAUGUUUGA